AUGAAAAUCAAAUCUUUCUAUGAAUUCCCUCUGUUUUUCCUCUUCUUUUUCUUGUUCUGCAACCAGUAUUUACGCCCCAUACAAGCCCAGUCAAGCACCAUAGGUUAUCCCUGCACCAGACAGUCCUUUAACUCCUGCAGAACUUAUGCCUUCUACAGAGCUAUGGCUCCAGAUUUUCUUGAUUUGGCCUCCAUAGGUGAUCUCUUCUCAAUAAGCCGCCUCAAGAUUUCAAUUCCUAGUAAUAUUUCUUCCCCAAAUGCCACUUUGAUUCCUGAUCAAUCCCUCUUUGUUCCCAUAGAUUGUUCUUGUAAUACUGUGAAUUCUAGCAUUACAAUUUCUUAUGCAGGGUUAAACUACACCAUAAAAAGUGGUGACACCUUCUAUGGUGUGUCAACCCACCAUUUCCAAAAUCUUACAACUUAUCAAUCUGUUGAAGUUGUAAAUCCAACCCUAAUCGCUACACGCCUAGAUAUAGGUGUUAAUGUAGUUUUUCCAAUAUUUUGUAAGUGCCCUAACUCAACCCAGUUGGAAAAUGGUGUGAAUUUUCUCAUCAGUUAUGUUUUUCAGCCAUCUGAUAACUUGAGUGCAAUUGCAUCAAGGUUUGGAUCCACAACACAGUCUAUAAUUGAUGUAAAUGGGAAUAAUAUUAGGCCAAACGACACAGUUUUUGUUCCGGUAUCUCGGCUUCCUAAUAUUACACAGCCUAUCGUUCCUCCUCUUGUUACAGGGAGUGGGAGGAAAACUGAAAGAAAAGGUGCCAUCAUAGGAUUGGGAAUUGGGUUGGGAAUUUGUGGGCUGCUGCUGAUUUUGGUUUGUGGAUUGUGGUUUUAUAGAGAGGGUUUGAUGAAGAAAAGGGAAAGAAAAUAUAGAGAUGAAGAGAAACAUAAAUUUGAUAAAAGAAGGAAGGGAUUCACGAAGGGUGAAGAGGUGAAUUUGAUGGCUGAUGUUUCAGGUUGCUUAGAUAAGUAUAAAGUAUAUGGAAUAGAUGAAUUAAGGGCAGCAACAGACGAAUUCGACGAAAGAUGUAUUAUUCAAGGAUCAGUUUACAAAGGCAGUAUUGAUGGAGAAUUGUAUGCAAUCAAGAAAAUGAAAUGGAAUGCCUAUGAGGAACUCAAGAUCUUACAGAAGGUGAACCAUGGGAACUUGGUCAGGCUAGAGGGAUUCUGCAUAGACCCUGAAGAAGCGAAUUGCUACCUCGUCUACGAAUAUGUCGAAAAUGGUUCACUUCACUCGUGGCUUCAUGAAAACAAGAACGAGAAGUUGAGCUGGAAAACAAGAUUAAGAAUUGCCAUUGAUGUGGCAAAUGGUCUCCAAUACAUCCAUGAACACACGAGACCGAAAGUUGUGCACAAAGACGUCAAAAGCAGCAACAUUCUAUUGGACUCGAACAUGAGGGCCAAAAUUGCCAAUUUCGGGCUUGCAAAAUCGGGCUGCAAUGCCAUAACAAUGCACAUAGUAGGAACACAAGGUUACAUUGCUCCAGAGUACCUUUCUGAUGGAGUGGUUUCAACUAAAAUGGAUGUUUUCUCUUUUGGUGUGGUGUUACUUGAGCUUGUUUCCGGUAGAGAAGCCACUGAUGAAGAAGGGAACGUUCUAUGGACUAGUGUGAAUGGAAUUUUGGAUGGAAAGGAGGAACGAAGGAUGAAGAGGUUGAGAGAAUGGAUGGACAGUAAUCUUUUAAACGAGUCAUGCUCAAUGGGUAGUGUUAUGAGUGUAAUGGCCGUUGCUGUUGCUUGUUUGCACAAGGAUCCUUCGAAGAGGCCUAGUAUGGUGGAAAUUGUCUAUGCAUUGUCUAAGAGUGAUGAUUUGUUCUUUGAAGUCUCCGAGGAUGGACUUUCUCCUCGACAAGUGCUUGCAAGGUAG